UAAAUAUUUAUUUAUGGAUACUAACUUUGUUAACGGUUUUUUCACCAUUAAAAAAAAUGUAAUAAUAGUUGUAUGUAGGUAAAAAUGUCUAUCAAGAAGCAUAUGCACUGGAAAUCAAGAUAUUUAUGAGACGUACAAGAUGGUUUUAAUUUUGGAAUCCACUGACUCAGAAGACGACAGCCAUUAAGAUCAAAGUGAUGAAAACAAUUGUGACUAAAAAUAAAAACAUUGUAUGAGAGAUCCCCUAAAUCACCCUCCAUAAUUUGGUGACAGGACCACCUGGGCCAUCAUAAAAAUCAGGGUGAACAUUCUGAUUCUUGGCAAUAACUUGAAUAAGUGAGAAAUUUGACCUGGCCUGGACAGCAAUAACAAGAAGAUAAGGAAGCAGCCCAUGAGUUAUGAGAGGAGAAACAGGUGACAUUGUGGACAGUCCAGCUGAAGAGGGAUAACUUCAUCUCAUUAUGUCUACCAUCAUGGGCUUUUCCAGCAUGCUGCCCUAUACCUGUAUAUACAUUGAUGCUGACUUCAAACACUUGUGUUCAGCCAUGUGGUACUGCCUCCACUGUCCAUCAGACCGUGUCUCAUUAAUCAAAUCUCUUCAGAAAAUAUGGACCACCUCAUCGAACCCCAAUCCUGUGCUGCCUCUCCUGUCCGUCAGAACUGGCCUUGACCUUUACCUCACAGCCAAGGCCUUUCCUCCGGGGUCGGAGGUCAUCAUGUCGGCCAUUAAUAUUCCCGACAUGGCAGUCAUUUUGAAAGAGCACAAGCUGAAAAUAAUUCCUGUUGACGUUUCGUUGGAUACGACUGCGCCCAAAACAGAAAUGCUGGAGAGUCUUAGAUCGGAGAAAACUGUAGCAUUGCUGGUGACCCAUCUGUAUGGGAAAUGGUUCGAUAUGGAGCCAGUGAUAUCGUUCGCCGAGAAAUACAACCUCGCGGUCAUUGAAGACUGUGCGGAAGGUUUUUGCGGCUUCAAAAGACUCGGUCAUCCGAAAAGCGACAUCGCUCUCUUCAGUUUCGGACUCAUCAAGUACUACUCAUCAUUCGGCGGAGCCAUUGCCAAAAUCCGGGAACCGGACAUCUUCGAGAUGAUGUCGACAGAUUACCAGAAGUGUCCCGUUCAGAGCCACACUACAUAUUUCACCAAACUCCUUAAAUAUUCCAUCGUCUAUCUCUGCCUUAACUGCCCCAGCUUCAUUGGACCAGGCUACUUGGUGAUGAAGGGUGUUGGGAUAAACCACAACGCCAUCAAACACUUGGUAGUGAACUUGAGUCGCGGGUUUCCCGGGCAGCUUUUGGUGAACAUCCGCAAGCAGCCGUCCACGGCUCUGUUGUCGCUGAUGGUGGAGCGGCAGUCGGGUUUCUCACAGAAGGAGAUUGACCUGUGUAGGGUGAAGGGGGAGUACAUCCACGCCCGUCUCCCCGACAGUCUGGAGGUCGUCGGGUCGAAGUGUGACGUCAACAAUUACUGGCUCUUCCCCAUUCUAGUCGAGGACCCAGAUGACUUCAUGGAGACUCUGAACUCUCUAGGUGUGGAUGCUUACCGCGGCGCCACUCAGCUCAACCUCAUAGAGCCAUCAAACGGUGCUGCCAUGCUGCACCCGUCUGCUUCCAUGAACCAGCUGUACCCCCACGAAGCCAAGUACAUGAUAGACCACGUGGUCUACCUCCCCGUCAACAAGAGUGUACCCUUCCACAUCCUCGACAGACAGCUCCACCUGGUGCGGAUGGCACUGAGGAUGCGCAAACAGUCGCUGCGUGAAGUCAAACUACCAGCAAAACUGUGAUAGCAACUUUCUACACUGCUGCUAGUAUUGUUUUACAGAAAUAUGUUCAUCACUUCUGAUGCAAUCAUUGUCCAACAUUUCAGCAGCCAUCAACCCAUCUUUCUCAGAGACACAAUCUUAUAAUCAUGGGGGUGGGGGGAGAGAGAUUUCUGUGCAUGUAUUGCACAAGGUGUUAAGUCGCUAAUAAAAAUACAGAUUUACAUACAUUGUACCAGUAGUACUCCCAUGUUGUUUAUAGUGCGCCAGAAUAUUAUACCACAAAACUGCAUUGUGGUCGAGUGGUAUAAAUCUUGUGAACUAUAAAUGCUUAACAAUCAGUUUAUA